AAUCUUUGCGAAGGAUUAUCGCUCGCUGCUGCUGUUAUCGACUUUGCUGACGACAGUGCGAAACUACGCAUCAUUGGGAAGUGGUCAUUUUCAGAAAUAAUUUAAUAUGGUGUCCAAAGACAUGGCACUGUGGGUGAUGGCCCCAUUCGUGCUACUACUGAUCCGGUCGGUAAGUGGCCAAGUAUUCUACUAUCAACCGGAACAGGUUCAUCUGGCCUUCGGGGAAUCGACAAGCGAACUGGUCGUUACGUGGAGUACUAUGACUGCAACGAAUGAAUCCGUCGUUGAGUAUGGAAUCGGUGGAUAUAUACUGAGAGAAACGGGAACCGAACAGAAGUUCGUCGAUGGAGGUUCCCAGCGGCACACGCAGUACAUUCACCGGGUAGUGCUGAAGGAUUUGCAACCAUCGUCUCGCUACGAGUACCAUUGUGGUAGUAAGAUGGGCUGGUCGGCCGAGUUUUAUUUUCAUACUGUCCCGGAGGGUUCCGACUGGUCGCCAUCGUUGGCCAUUUUCGGUGAUAUGGGCAAUGAGAACGCCCAAUCGAUGGCGCGCUUACAGGAGGAUACCCAGAGGCACAUGUACGAUGCAAUACUGCAUGUUGGUGACUUUGCGUACGAUAUGAACUCGGAGAAUGCGCUUGUCGGGGAUCAGUUCAUGAAUCAGAUCGAAUCGAUUGCGGCAUACACACCGUAUAUGGUGUGCGCUGGAAAUCAUGAAGAGAAAUACAACUUCUCUAACUACCGAGCACGGUUCAGUAUGCCGGGUGGAACGGAGAAUAUGAUGUAUAGCUUUAACCUUGGCCCGGUGCAUUUCAUCGGAUUCUCAACCGAAGUGUACUACUUCAUAAAUUACGGUCUGAAGACGCUUGUGAAUCAAUACGAGUGGCUGCGACGCGAUUUGGAGGAGGCAAACCGACCGGAAAAUCGUGCCCAGCGACCAUGGAUUGUGACCUAUGGUCACCGACCGAUGUACUGCAGCAAUGAUAACGAUAACGAUUGCACCCAUGGUGAAACAUUGGUGCGCGUUGGGCUUCCCUUCUCGCACUGGUUCGGCCUGGAGGAUCUGUUUUACGAGCACGGUGUGGACGUGGAGAUCUGGGCUCAUGAGCACUCGUACGAGCGGCUGUGGCCCAUCUACGACUAUAAGGUAUACAAUGGCUCCCAUGAGGAACCCUACCGUAAUCCUCGCGCACCGGUUCAUCUGGUUACCGGUUCGGCCGGCUGCAAGGAAGGACGUGAACCGUUCAUACACAAAAUCCCCGAAUGGAGUGCAAUCCACAGUCAAGAUUACGGUUAUACCCGCAUGAAGGCGAUCAACGGAACUCAUUUGUACUUUGAGCAGAUUUCCGUGGACAAAGAGGGAGCGGUCAUCGAUUCGUUCACCAUCGUCAAGGAGCAGCAUUUAUCGUACAAGCAGCUGCUACAACAGAAUGGGGCUAAUUGAAUUUCGGGUCGGUUUGGACUUUUAAAGAUAAAACUUUAUUCUCACGUAAAACAGUUGUUACAUUCGUAUCAUAUCUAUAGGUAGGGUAGUGUGCACUUGUUCGGAUUACCUAUGUUACCAAAGUGAUAAAAAUACACGAUAUCUGAAUCUAAUGGUCAUGGUACGAUCUAUUAAAAUAUACGAGAACCUAUAGCUUUAUCACAGAUUCUUAGAA